AUGUCUCGCGUAGACAGCCCAAACAGCUUCCUCGGCCCCUUCCCCGCCCCCGUUUGCGCCCCCGAAUUCCCGCCCCCCCUCUUCCGCCAGCCGCCAACCCCCAACGCCAUUCGCACCGCCUUCUCCAGCCCUCCCUUCAACUGGAACGGCAUACCCCUGCGGAUCUUCCGCUCACCCACCAGUCUCUCCGAGUUUGCCAAGUUCGAAGAGCAGGGCGAGUUCCUGGGCCGGGAGCACAAGUACUGGUACAAGAUCCUCAAGUCAGCACUCGAAAGCGACCUGCAAGAUCUCAAGAGACGCCAUGACAUUGAGACGAAGCUGCAGCCGUCUCUGAGGGCUAUGUAUGAGCGGGAGGAGACUGCGCGGUUUCAUGCAGAGUUCAUGGAGAAGCUGCAAUGGGGGCAGGAGAGUAGUCCGUUGCUGCUGAGGCCGGCGGAGUUUCUGGAUAAUGAGUAUGGGCAGCAGAGGGAGGAUGAGGUUGCGGAAGGGCCACAGGCCCUGCAGAACGAAGAGUUUCAUACGAUCAUUAUGGACUUUAAGAAGCAGGGACUGGAUACGGAGUUUCCGAGUAUUAGGACGUUCUUUGGCGGGUAUCCGGGGCCGAGUGUAGCAUGGGCGGUGCAGGACUUCUAUAGGAGGCAGGAUACAGCGAGGGAGUCGGCAAAGAUUGGGUUAGAGUUCCAGCAGAUGUGGGAAUGGAGCGAGAGGCAUUGGAACUUUUUCGAAGCUUCCAGUAAGCUACGCCAGUGGGUACAGAAGUUAAUCGACAAACAGAACCGCCGGCCCACAAGGCUUGUCCAAGAGUACAGCAUGAAGACCCUAAACUGGAGCCCCGCCAUUGAGUCCCACAAACGGCGGCACCAAUGGGCAGUGUUGAAGCGGAUCAUGAGCGUGUACGAGUGCCGGGACGAAAUCUUCCCCGAAGUGAGCGCACCUGCCGGACGAACCUUUGACCGGUACUUUGGCAGGUAUGGGAAAAAAGAGGGAUGGUACCCCGUCGAUAGAGAGCUGGAUUCUGAGCAUUUCACCGACAGCCUCAUCUUGCAGCAGAUAGACGGCGCUGAAAGCGUGCUGGAAGCUGGAGGGUCACUGGCUGAAGCUUGCGCCGGCGUCGUGGAUGGAUGCAUGGAAAGCACUUCACGGCGAAGAAGGACCAGAACACCGGCUUCUGCUCCUCCGAGAUUGCCGGGCCCUCCAAGAACGCUUGAAGAGGCGGAGGAGACACUCGUCCGGCUGAGGGCGAGUGCAGACCUGCUUUUUAGGAAUUUGGUAUCGAAAGUAAGGAACGUUGAGGCAUCUACUGUUGGAGAGUCCUCCCGCGGGGCCGUAAUGUCCUCUUGCGGGGCUCAUGCUAUGAUAGAGUCUGCGACAUCGGCCGACACUGCAACUGUAGAUUCUGUAACUUUCUACUCUACAGACGUAGGUUCCAGAACCGUGGAGUAUGAAACUACCGAGGAGCUUCCUGAUGCUACGGACGAUACAAACGGGAAUGCAAAAGUAAAUACCGUAGGCUUCCUGGCAGCCUUGAGACACAAGUUAAUUGGGCCUCCCACUGGGAACCCGGAGAGUGAGCCUCCCGUGGAGGAGUGGCUCACAAGCUGGAGGAACCCUAGGGCUCAAUGGCCCAGUGGAUUGAUGAAGGCUUGA